AUGUCGAGGCCUGAACCACAAGUACAAGUUCCUGAAGGUGACUAUAAAAAGGGCGCUAAGCUUUUUAAAGCAAAAUGUGCUCAGUGUCAUACAAUUAAUAAGGGUGGUGCUGUGAAGCAAGGCCCUAAUUUGCACGGAUUUUAUGGAAGAAAAUCAGGAGACUCCGAUUUUCCUUAUUCAGAUGCUAAUAAAAAUUCAGGUAUUAUAUGGUCAGAUAAACAUUUAUUUGAAUAUUUGUUAAACCCUAAAUUGUAUAUUCCAGGAACUAAAAUGAUUUUUGCUGGUAUUAAGAAAGAAAAGGAACGAGCAGACUUAAUUGAAUAUUUGAAGAAGGCUUCUUCAGAAUAA